GCAUUUUCUCGUGGUCCAAAUACGGUUUUAUAUACGAAGUGUAAAAACGAAGAAAAUCAUGAAGUAGAACAUAGAAGAAAAAAUUAAACCCGGGCUUCUAAAACCACAAGAUAUAUUCAUAUAACACUAAGGACAGAUCGGUUAGAUUUCAUUUAGAAAGUGAUAGGGCUAAGAAAGUAAUAUUUCCAGUUGCGCACUUGUCAACCUUGUUUGCGGUGGCCGCGUCGUUAUGGCGGCAUAGCGAAUUUUUGCAGGUUACAAGCUAACAGGUGUAAGCUGAAAAACAGGAUGGUCGUUCAUACGUUCAUUUGCUCAAAUUAAUUAUUGUUGAUUGAAUACUGUGAUUACUAAUACCAAUCCACAAUUUUAAGUAAAUUCCAAGGUAUCGAUGUCACCGACAUACAGUGCAUUCUAGUUUUCUAUGUGAUAUCGAAUUUUAUAACUUGACAGAAUGAUUGUCAAGAGGAUAUUACAGUUAGGAUUUCUAGUAACAGUGCUUGUAAACGUGCAUAGUUCAGCCGAUGAAAGUACCAGCGUAAAUCCAAAAUGUCAAUUUGGAAAAACCCUACGAAAGCAAGUAAACGCGGAACCGCUUAAUGGAACCUGUUUACGAGAUAUCGUAGUUCGACUGUCGAACGAGUUUCGGUCUAUCACUGAUGCCGAACUCGGUUUGAAGCCGUUCCAAAGAAUGCUCGGUGAAAUGGAGUUCAUGAAUGUCUCGAGUAGCUUGAACAUGAGACUGAGCUUGUUAGUGGAUAAAUUAAAUAACAAGCUAUUAUCCUAUGCAAAGCUUGUGAAGCAGAGUUAUAAUAUUAUAGAACCUAUUUUGGCAAAGAAUGAACAUCAAUUUGAUUAUUUUGAAUCGAUGAAUGGACUAGAAUUGUUAUCAAAUGGAUUGGCUGAUUUUUGCUCACAAAUUGCACAAAAAUUGGCACUUCAUCUAAAAAAUCAAGAAUGGAAAAACUUACAUUUGUUGCCUUUUAUGUAUCCAGUCACCAUGUGUGGUCCAUCUAGUGCAGGACAUAAUAUUGGGCCUCUUUUAUUGUCUCAGUAUUGUCCAAAAAAAAAUGUGCUGUUAUUACUUGAGCAUGCUGUGUUUAUGUCUGAAGGAGAUCUUACUCUAGCUCAAAUAACUGCAGAGACAAUAAUUGACAUGUUAUCUCACACAGAUUAUGUUAAUGUUAUUGGCCUCUCUACUAAUACUUCCAUUCAUUGCAAAGAUGGUUUAUUAAAAGCUACAGAUGUUAAUAAGUUUCAAUUAGCACGUUAUAUUCAUAGUUUAACAAGAAUAGAAACAAAUGACACAAUUGAAUUUGAUCUUAAUAAGCUAUUACAGAAUGUAAAAGGUGAAGUAGUGUUUAUACAUUUGACCAAUACACUUAAACCCACUUCACACAUAAAAAAGAUAAGAAACAUGAUUUCUGCAGAGAAAAUAAGUGGCUAUAUAAGAACAAUAUUAAUUCUUUCAGAUCAAGAAUCACAUUCAAACACUAAGGAUUACAAUGAUAGCAUUCUAACUCUUCCAACACAAAAUAUACUCGGUUUUGAAGUAUCAAAGCUAUUUUCUGAUUUAAAAUGUUCUGAGGAACAUAAGAAAGAUUAUUAUUUAUCUGAUCCAUACUUUGAUUUAUAUAGUAAAACAAUGACAUUGUCUAUUGGGCACAUUACAAAUAAAGCAUUAAUAUCUUUAGAUAUUAAAUUACGAAAUUUCCUUGAUGAUAUAACAUAUUUUAAUGCUGGUAUGCAUGCAUAUGCUAUACUGUUUGAUAAUAAGGGUAUAGUUUGGAUUCACAAAGAUUUCCCACGAAUGGAAACAAUGCUAGAUCAACCCCUCAAAGUUAAUUUACAUCACAUAGAAAAUAUUAGUUCUGAAACUGUAAGAACAAUGAUCGAGGAAUACGAGGGUGUUAUAAACGUGAAAACACAAUUAGGGAGAAAGAAGUGGUAUCGGUGGAAACAUUUGACGUACAUGGAUUUAAUAGUAUGCUUAGUAUCGGCAACUAAUGAAAGCGUAUUACCUGUCGCAAAAUUAGUACCGACAUUGUCAAUGAAUAUUUUACAUCAUCGUCUUGAUCUUUUAAUGCAUAGUAUUGCCGAUAAAAGCAUUCUAUGUACUUAUCACAACAAGCUUUUGUCCUUGUCAACAGGAGUGGUCUAUCUUUCUCCAUGGUGUUUCCAGUCUCCAAUAGAGCAACUUAAAUUAUUAGAAACUGGAACUGUUGUAACAAUGCAGAGUUACAUGGCAUAUCUAAAGGAUUUAACAGGAUUACUAGCUAAUCCUGGUUUAUAUCAAUCUGUCAGACCAGACGUAGCUAUGUUGACUCAAAUAUUGGGAUACUUUAAAGGCAGGCAUAUAGAAAGUGCUUUAAAUAAAUUUAUAAUAAGAAGAUAUAUCGUUGGAGUCGUAAGUGGCGUAUUAGAGAUAUAUCCAGGAAUUAUGCUCGAUUCGGGUUUUGAUCCUAAGAGAAGAAUGUGGUAUGGAAAAGCACUGGAGCAUUCUGGAAAAUUAGUUUUCACACCUCCAUAUUUGGGUGUUGGUAGUUCUGGAUAUGUUGUUACUCUAAGUCACACGGUUCAUCGUAAUUCGGAAUCAACUACAAAGGAUGAUGCUAUUGCAGUUGUAUCUAUGGAUGUAGCAUUAGGCUUUAUUUCAAGACUUCUGAAAGAGAUGUUCCCAUUUUGUAAUAAUUCGACGGUGAAAUGUUUCCUAAUGGAUGAUAAAGGAUAUUUAGUCUCACAUCCAGCAUUAUUAGAACCAACUGGUAAAAUCGAGCAGCAACAUUUGACUCACAAGGAAUUAUUGGUUGCAAAUGACAUAUUAAAUCACGAGCUUUUCGUUAAAAAAAAAGCUUGUGCAAAUUACUUAGAUGGUACUGUACAAAGGUAUUACCAGUUUAAUACUUCACUUGAUGAGGUUCUUACAAACAUAGUUCACGGCGAACAUUGCGUCAAAUACCAAGUAGCAGCUGUACCAGGAACUAAUGUAUUUUUAGGAGUAGUUAAUGUGACUUGUAAUUUAUUAAGAGCAUUUUGCCCAUGCAGUACUAUGGAUCACUCAUGUUUAAACUGCAAAAGAAUGGAACAAACCGAAUGCGAAUGUCCUUGUGAAUGCGCAUUAUAUUACUCUAAUUGUGCAGAGUAUACUAUAAAUGAAAUGAACCUCGAAUCCUGUCCGGUACUGUACGAACAAGGAGGGAAUUCGCAGAUGUCCUGGAUACAAUCUACGAAUUUGAAAACGUGUCCGUCCAUUGACUGUAAGAUAUUCAAAGGAGAAAAUGAGUGUCUCGGAAUUGUAGGUUGCCAAUGGUGUCAUAUAGACAAUGAUGGAGAAACGCCAUUGCAAGCACCAUUUUGUAGUGAUAUGUCCGUAUGUUUUAGAGGUAUUCUUGGACUUUUUAUGCCACUUAGUGAUGGCACGUACAAUUCUCAGUCAACAGAAGAAAUUGCAGUACGCGACUGGCCAUCAGUUGGACCUGUAGCUGGUGGAAUACUAGCAUUCCUUUUGAUACUAGGGAUAUUUUUAUUUUGUUAUAGACUUCGAUCUGUUCAGUCUGGCGUAGAACAUCAGUGUUUGCAUAUACAUACAUCACCCGAUAUGCUGCGUAUGACGCAUUUAGAGGGUGAUGCAGAACCUAUGGAGUUAGAGCAAACAAAAAACAAUUUAGAUUCUUUGAUAAGGGAUGGCAUAGCGCCCAUUUCGCCAUAUAAGGUUUCCACAAAUUAUAGAAAACCACCCGGUGGUGAUAGCGAUCAUGGAUAUAGUACAAUGACACCUCACGACGAUUCUGAACAACAAACAUUUGCUGAACCGUUAUUAGUAGUUGGUAGUAAUACUGAACCCGAUCUGAAAAGACAAUCCACUUGUCUUCCCUCUCCAACAACAAAUUUAGGGUCUCCUUAUCAUGUUUUAGCGCCAGUCACGGUUCAUUGUAAUAUGGAAGCAAAUUUUUGUUAACAUCUAUAACAAACAAUAACCUGGAAAUUUUUAUUCAGGUAUUGUUCCUUGAAAACGGUAAAACUUCGUUUGAUUGAAAUUAAUGUUAUAAAACAUAAUGUAAAAAACACACCUCAACCCUUAUAUCUCCAAUUGACAAAUGCAAGCCAGCAUUCUACUCCAAAGGAAUAAUAAGGGUUAAUUUUGAAAAGAGUUUAUGAUUUUUUAUAAGUUCUUUUUAUAAAUAUUAAGAUUAUACAAGUUAUAUAGUGAUAUAUAGACGUGCAUGUCUAUUAGUAUUAUUUUAAAUUAGUAAUAAUAUUAUUUCAUUCAGAUAAAUCAUACUUAAUUCAAUAAUGAAAUUGGAUAUGAUUAUUGACUGUUAUCACAACUAGCAAUGAUACUGUUUUUUUUUUUUUCGUUUCUAUAGUUAAGAAUAAUGCAGCAAAUGUAAAUGUGUUCGAAUAUUACUUAAAAUAAUCAUAUAUUUUUUAUAUAAAUCGGAAACGAACUAUGUAACUGAGGUGUCUUGAUCUAUUAAAAUUGAUACACAUAACAGAUAUAUGUAUAUCUUAAUGUAAUAGCAAGAUAUCUUACUUCAUAGUUCGUUUUCAUUGUAUACAUUUUUUAGAAAACAACAUCACAAAUUAGCUAUUUACGUACUGUGUAAUGUAAGCCACGUAGUUUAAUAUUUUUAAUAGAAUUUAUUAGUAGAUAUAAAUUCGCGUAAGCAUAAAAUAUAUAUACAUUUUUAUACA